CAACAAGUACACAAAACACACGUGUAAACUGUGAAUCUAAAAUUCAAAAUAUUACUGGAGUGAAACGAAAACUUUAUGCUUUUGAAAAUAUAAAAAACAGCUAUUAUCAUGAAUAUAUCCAUAAACCUAGCAUCAGAGAAGACUAGGCAUAGCGUUUUGAAACCAAAUACAAAUCCACCAAUAAUAUUUACACCAGGUGAAAAAAUUAGAGAUGAAACAGGAUUUAUGAGGUAAACAUUAUACGCAGUGCGGUUCAUAAGCACAUUAUCAAUUUUCACAAAUAAUAUUUAAUAAUUUGUUUCAUACCUAUUGUUUAGCAUUAUUUAUUUUUAAUCUGGUUGAUAAUAAAUGAAUACUAUUGUAGCCCAGAUAAUGCAAAAAUAAUAAUUAUAUUUAUUUCUGAUAGCUGUCCCGCGCCCUAUGUUUCCAGUGCCAAUUUUUUAUUGUUCUUACCUUUAUUCCCGUUUUGCUUUUCCCGUAUCACUGAACAAAAAAAUAUGAAAAGUAAGUAGUUCGCCUUUGGAUAACUAAAAUUGUUCUAAUGUCAUACAUUUUUUCAUCCGUGUUGUCAUAAAUAUGCCCGGAUUAAGGAGGGGCCCACAAAGACCAUAUUAUGCUACAUUGUACUAUAGUAUUACUUUUAUUGACUCAUAUUAUAAGUUAAAUCAAAUAUUUGAGAACUUUUUUUUCUGCUUAUUUGUUCCAUUUUAAUAGGGCUCCUUACUAAUAUGCCUUCCUCCCAUAACACUUAAUCCGAGCCUAAUCAUAGAUACCCGCACAUCACAAAAAUUAAACUAUGUAUGUACUAUAAUAAGUAAUAACUCAAAAAUUAUGAGGACAUAAUAGUACUGUAGUGUUGUUACCAUACCAAAAUUCAAAGAUUCAAAUAUGAAAUUUUACAAAUGUUCACUUUUCAAUUACCCACCCAGUACAGCGCAUAAUUUUUUGUUUUUUUUUCUUCUAUCCAUGUUGCUAUGGUAUCUCAUCCUAUUUCAAGCCAAUAAUAGACUAACAGACAGUUAAGUAGACUCUUUAUUUUAAGUUGUUAUAGUUUUUAUAACAUUUUAAUUUGUUUUCAUUUCAUCCGUGUUACUAAGGUAAUCCUUAAUUCAACAAAAAUAAUCCAAUUUUCGUACCUACCAAAAAUACCUAAAAACCUUUCAAUUCCUUCAAGUUUUAUUCACGUGAAAAAAAUAUCUAUGUUUUUCUCCAAGGCUCCAUUUAUCUCUAUACCAAAAUUCGUCAAAAUUGGUUUAGCGUUAUAGCCGUGAAAAUGUAACAGACAGCCUUACUUUUAUAUUUAUAAUAUUAGUUAGGAUUAACUAACUUAUGUAAUGCUUUUACUUGUCAUCUAUCUUCAAAAAAUGCGUAAUAUUUUCACUGAGCUAUUAUUUUAUGUAAUUAUAUUAUUGUCUAUAAUAGAGGACAUGGAACUUAUGUAUCGGCGGGCUCGUUGAAGGCGACUGUGGCUGGAGUGGAACAAAAUAUUAAUAAACUGGUUACUGUUAGUCCUUUACGUUGUCGAUAUAAUGGAGAGAUUGGUGAUGUAGUAAUAGGCCGUGUUACAGAAUUGGUUCAUAAACGUUGGAAAAUAGAUAUAAAUGCUCGACUAGAUGCUGUGCUAUUACUAACAUCUAUUCAGCUACCUGGUGGAGAAUUGGUAAUUUAAAAUUAAAUGUUUUAUCAAUAUUUUAUAGUAAUAUUAUCAAUUAAAAUAAUUAUAUACAUAUGUAUUAUAGAGAAGAAGAGGUAUGGAAGAUGAACAAUCAAUGCGAAGUUAUCUGUGCGAAGGUGACUUAAUUAGUGCUGAAGUACAUUCUGUGUUUGCUGAUGGUUCUUUGUCAUUACACAUGCGAAGUUUAAAAUAUGGAAAAGUCAAUACUAGCUACAUAAUAUUAAAAGUUAUAAUAAAAUAUAUAUUUAAUUAAUUUUUGUCAAACAGUUAGGUCAAGGUGUACUAGUAAAAGUUCAGUCCAAUCUAAUAAAACGUAGUAAAAAUCAUUUUCAUAGCUUGUCAGCUGGAGUAAGUGUCAUACUUGGGAAUAAUGGUUAUAUUUGGAUUGAGCCUACAAAUAACAACAAAGAUCCUAUUGGAUUUGAAGUUGAUCUUCAACAAGUAUAUACCUAAAUAUUAUUUUAUUAUAUAUUGUGUGCAACUGAAUGUUCUACACUGUAUUAAAAUUACUAAUAUUAUUUUGUGUGCAUUUAGGUAGUUGAUAUUGGUGAUAGACAAACAAUAUCAAGAGUGCGUAACAUCAUAUUUGCACUGUCUUACUAUAAGAUGCUUAUUUAUGAUACAAGUAUACAGUAUGCCUUAGAAGAAUCAAAUAAAUAUACUGUAAGUAUUAAAAUAUGGUUAGAAAUUAUUUAUGAAAAAUAAUUUUGUUUUAAACAGAUUAAAUUACUAAACAAAAAAUACCAUUUAUUUUGACAAUAACAAUUAUUUGCUAUAGAAUGAUGGUUUCUAAACUAUUACCAAUUUAUUCCCCAAUUUGAAGAAGACUAAAAAUAAAUAUUAUAGAAAUAAUCAUAUUAGAAUUUAUAACUAAAUUAACAUUUUGUUGUUAUUAGAGUUUCAUUAUUGAACAAAAGACAGCGUUGUUGAAGUCUAAAAACCGUCUAUUUUGUGAGCAUUGUGUCUAAUUUAAUAGUAUAUUUGCUAUUUAAUAUUUCAGUACUAUUGAUUUAUCAGUUUAAAUUGAUAUACUUGAGUAAGCAUUUUUACAAUUGUAACUUGUUGAUUUGUUGCUAAUAAUAUCUUCUGUAGACACAUGUCAUAGCAGAGAUUGAUCUGCUUUAAUUUUUGUAAAAUACAGUUAGAUUCUACAUUGUUUUUUGUUAUAUUGAUUUUGAUUUAAAUCAAGUGUUCUUUUCCUAUUACUUUUUGUUGUCUAGUUGGUGCAUAGAGGCAAAUUUUUGAUAUUUUUAUUUUAUAGAUUUUUAAGUUUAAAUUUGUGAUAUGUAAAUGCAAAUAUUUUUCUGAUUUCAGCUUUUGGAAAUUGUAGGCCUAUUAUAAAAUGUGUGAUUGCUAUAUUCUACAUUUAAGUUGAAUUUAUUGAACUCAAUCACAAUCUGUAACAUCAUAAAGAUAUUUGUCUUAAUUUUUACUUUUUUCAAUUUAUAUUCAGGAUGAGUUGUAUACAAGUAAUGAUAAACUGAUAGAACUGAUACCGAAAAGAAAAAUAAAUUAAAUUAUGAAAAAAUAUCGAUAUUUGUAAAAAAUGAUUGAUUUAUAUCAAUAUUUUUUUUUGCCAUCCCUAGUUUUAACUGGUUUCUAUGUCUUAUCUCAUUCCUUUCAAUGAAAAAUUAUAGACUAUAAUUAUAAUAGGCAUAAAUGAAGUGUUUUUUCCAAGUGAUUUUCGGUAAUUUUUUUUUCAAAAUGUGUGUUUUUGCAUGCUUAAUAUGAUAGUACUUUCAAACAAGGUAAAUUCAGUCAAAUUUUCUUUGGAACUUAUGGUCAAGGAACUUCAAUAUGGUCUAUUUUUCUAAAAAUCAUAUUUUCAAAUUUAAAAUAUCAAAAAUAAACAUUUUUAAUAUUUUAGAUUUGGAGCGUAGCAAAUGAAACGUAUACCAACUGAGCUAAGCUCGUAUCUGGUUUACUGAAUUCCUAGAUAAAUAUAAUUAUUGUAUAAUGUAUUCAAUUUCUUAUACAAUUGAAAAGUUGACUUCAUUUUCUAAACAUACAACAGUAUUUAUUAAAUUAUAUUAUCAAUAUUAGCACCAAAGUUUCCUUUAUUAUUUUUAUUGACACAUGUCUAGGUCAUUUAUUGUUUACUAAUUGUUUUUUUAUAUGAUUUUUAUUAAUUAUAUCAUUAGUUUUAUUAAUUGAAUUCCACAUAAACUUUUUAUUAGACUACAUUAUUUUCCAGAUUAUUGAAUACAGUCAUUAGGAAAACUUCUUCAACUAGUUAAUGCUGUAUUAUGGGGUUUUAUAUACUUUCCUGUUCUCCUAUAUAUUAUUUCUAUGUUAUUGAGUAUGAGCCUUUGUAUGGAUUCUAUGAAAAUUUGUUUAAUGUAUAAUUUAUAGAUAGACAUUAUGAUUUUAUGGAUGAAUUUUUAAUUCAUAACCGGUUAUACAAUAUACAUUUUAUAAUACUCUAGGCGACACAUUAAUUGAUUUAUAUAUUAAAAAUAUGUUUAAUAUGGUUCGGUAUUAUAAGGAUGUUAUUAAUGGAUUUAUAUUGUUUCGGCCCAAAUGCUUGCCACAUUAAUUCCUGGAGGGACAAAGAAUAAACUUCUAUGCUGUGUCAGAAACUAGAAACUGUUGUCAAACGCUGGUUAAUUCUUCCAUACUCAGGCGCAACAUAUAUCUCAUUUAUUUCUAUAUGCUUUGUUAUAAUUUAUUAAUGUAUGAUUUGUUAAAUCACUAUUAAUUUUCAUAUUAAGUUUGUCUCUAUUUUUUAUCGGCGUCACUGGUAAUUUAUGAUUUUACCUACUAUCUUUUUUUACGAGGAUGAUACUUUUAUAUUAUUGUACAGCCAUUUAUAGUAUCUAGUAUAUGAUUAUUACAAAUAUUAAUUGCUUUAACAGUCUAACCUUAUUAUAAUCUAAUAAUUCGUUUAUCAUACACUAAAAUUCAUCUAUAUUUCGAUAAUAUAGAUGCCUAAUAUUCAUGUGUAAUAAAUUCAAGUCAAAACUGUUAGUGUUAGGAAUACAAUUUGACCCUGAAGUCAAAUUUGUUAAAAAUCAAUUAAUAGAAAAUAAAUACACUUAGGGAAAAAAAUAAUAAGAGAACUGUAAAGUUUUACACCAAAAAAAAAAUUUUAAUUUGUGUUAGAUUUUUCAAUGUAGAUUAUUUUUAUGACAUUUUAAUAAGUCUUUUAUUCUGAUUAAAAUACACGGUUGAUAUCAAACACAAUGUUACUCAUAUAUUAGUAAAUCUUAGUAAAUAUCAGCUUUUACUACUUCCAUUCUAAGUGCUUAGAUCAACGGUUCCCAACCUUUUUGAAACUAUUACCAAUAAAUCUGGUUAAAUAUUAACAAAUACCCCCCUCCACUAAAAAAAAAAUUUAAAAAAACUAUUACAAUUUAUUAUAAUACACAUGACCUAUGUAGUCCUAUGUAGACCUAUGUAGGUAAUUAACUCCAGGUUGGGAACUACUAACUUAGAUCAAUAUUAUUGUUUGUUUAUAAAAUACUAUUUCAUUUUUCUUUUUUUUUUUUUUUGCCCAGUAUUCUGAGAUGAUAAUUACAAUUUAUGUUUUUUUAAUUUAAAAGUGAUUUAUUAUCCAUGGGUAUUUAUUUUUGUAGGUAUCAGAUUUAUUAACUGCAGAGGCUUGCUAUGAUAUUGCCAACAUCACGCGCCACCGUUUACAAGCAAUGGAUGAAUAAUUUAGGUGAAAUCAUCAAAAAUAUGAUCAGAAAUGUUUCAGAUCAUAUCAGAAGUAUUUAUUUUAAUGAUUUACCUUUUUUCUUUUUAUUACUAUAUUAAAUAAAAAAAAAAAGAUAUUUGAAUAUGAGAUUAAGAUAUAUUUUCUAAAAAUCAAUUGUAAAAUGUAAAGAAUUGGUUGACUGUAUUGAAUAAUAGGUAUACAAUUUAAAAAAAUCUUUGUUAUACUGUAUCUUUUAUUGUACAUGUAUAUUUUAAUUAAUUUUUUUUUGGGAGGGGUUGCCAAUAACAAUUUCACACGUGAGCACUCCAACAUUCAAUAUUAUUACAUAUGUACUGAACAUCGACUGAACAUCAAGUUAAAAGCUCUUAUAUUAGUUUCUAAAUAAUAAUUAGUAAUAUCGUUAAUCGGACAAUAAAUACUGAGAAAAAAAAUAUUUUUUACUUUUAUAAAUAAAUUCUUAUUGAGCAUUAGGCUAAUAUUACAACAAAACUUUUUUUUUACAUUCUCUAAAGAACCAAAAAAGUAUGCAUCACCUAAUUAUAAACAAAUAUAUAAUAUUCAUGUUCCCAUCUGUAAGUAUAAUAUUUCAGCUAACUUAUAAUUAGCCUAUUUAAUUAAUAAUAUAAUAUGUAAAAAUUAAAAAAUUACUCAAUUAUACAUUGUUAAGAUUAUCAUUAUAAAUUAACAAAAUCUACAAACUAUUAUAUGAUAAUAAUAAUAAUAAUACAUAAGUGAAAAUAUAAAAACAAUACAAUUGUGAGCGUAAAAUUAAUAUUGAUAAAAGAAAACUUAUAACUUAAAGAAAAUUAUUUUCAGGAACUAAACGUUUUUGUUUUAGUGGUUUACAAAAUUUACUUCCAAUUUUUUUUAAAUUAAUCGACAAUAUACUUAUUUAACUAUAAUAACAAAUAAACCAUAUAAAGCUGUAAAAAAUAAUAACAUAUUAUUAUAAUAAUAUUUACCUAAAAAACAAAGGUUACCAAAUGUCAUUUAUUUAAAAAUAUAAUUAUAAUAUUAUUGACUAGGUAACUACAUUGUUUAAUAAAAUAUUAUUUACACAGUGCAACAUACAAUAUAUAAUUCUUAUCUUUAAAAAGAAAAGCAAUAUGAAUUGUCUAGAAGUUUGUUAGAAAAUAAAGACAAUAUGGUGAAAGUUUCCGUGGUACAUUAUGAGCACUAUACACAGGAAAAUUUGGUUUGCUAUAUAACCAUAUAUAACACUUGUUACAGGAAAUAAAUUGUAAUAAAAAAAGAACCAUAGUACGCUGAACAUUACAUAUAAACAAUGAAUAUUAUAAAUAUAAAUCAUAUUAAUAAAGUUAAUUGUAAAUGUUGACUGCACCAAUCAGAUAUAUAAUAACACAAACAAAUGUUUGAUUUUAUUUUGUAUUUUUUCAGCACUGUGAACACUAUAAUGCUACAAAUUAUUCACAGCACCUGUAUUCCCUGUCAUACUGAACCAUGUCAACUGAUAUAGUAAAAUUUAUAUACAAAAUUAAAUAAAUUUUACAAAUUACUAUAAACUACGCUCACUAAUUCUUUGCUAGCCGUAUACAAAAUUUUAUAUAUAUGUCAGAAAAACCUAAUCAUUCUAAGAUAUUUUAGCUCCUUAUCAAUAUUUAAAUCUGUAUUUUAUUUCAUUUGAAAUACAUGCAUAUGUAUAUUUCUAUAAUCAUAAUCUAUUAAUAUGAUCAAAAACAUAAACUAUCCAAAUAAUUUAUUACAAAAGUAUUUUAAUUUAUAAUGAGAAUCUACAUUAAUUUAUUAUUUAAAACUAACUUGACUAUUUUGUCAAAUGUAUACUUUUUUUUUUUUUUUUUUUUUUUCUACAAAUUUUCCUCGUAUUGUUUCGAUGCUAAAAUAUCUUUUGAUCCAGUUUUUCUGGCACAUAUCCAUAUAAGUAUAACAUCUAAAUUGAAUAAAUUUAUUAAUUAAAAUUAAAUAAAUUUUCAUCUAAAUAAAUUGGUGUUGUCAGCGUUUAUCAGUCUCACUAAAACAAAAUUAAAUAUUUAGUUUAUACUGUGAUGUUUUAUAUUAAUCCCAAUGUUCUGUGACUUAACAAAACGAAAGUAAAAUUUACGAUAUAAAUAAUACGAAUGUAAAACUAUGUCUCGUAUUCGAUGAGCGUGCCUGAUUAUUGUAUUACUACAUGAGCGCACACUUCUCUCUUAUCUUACGGCCACGCAUGGAUUUCUUUUCGGGUUGUAGCGAUAUGUUCCUAUUCUUUUCCAGAUUGAGCAGUUCCUGAAACAGCUCCUUGACAUUAUGGUUGGUCUUGGCUGAUGUUUCCAUGAAAUGACAGCCCCAUCGUCGAGCCUCAGCAUUACCCUCUUCAGCUGACACUUCCCGAGUGUCAUUUUCAUCACAUUUGUUACCCACCAACAUGAUUGGUAUCGAAGGCAGCUCAGAAGCGCCUUUUGUUUCUUCGAUUACCUGCCAA